AUGACUGGGAAGAAAAGAGGAAGGAAGUCUUCAAAGCCCAGAAAAAGGGCAGUUUCCCGCUCCUCAUGGGCAGAACUCCAGUUUCCCGUUAGCCGAGUGGAGCGAUACCUGAGAGAAGGUGGCUAUGCGCAGCGACUGUCCUCUGCCACACCAGUUUUCCUCGCUGGCGUCCUAGAGUUUCUGACAGCUAACAUCUUGGACCAGGCUGGUAAGGAGGCUCAGAACAAACACAAGAAAUGCAUCGCCCCUCAGUACCUGGAAACUGUGAUAGAGAGCAUCCAGCAGCUCCAUCCCCUUAUGGGAGAUGGCACCAAGUCUCUGCUUGACCAGAUGGUCCACGUCAAGAACAAGUAA